GUUCACCACAUCAGCCACCACUCCUGCUUCUGAGCACAGGGUGCUCUCCUCUUGAGCUCAGCUUCUGCUUUUGCAGCCAAGCAUUCUUGCUGCUGCUGCCUGCCUGCCCACCCGCCUGGGCUUGCAGCCCGCCACUUUACUUUCUCCAGCCCUGAUACCAGCUGAGAAGUCUCCCUGCAGCUGCUAGUUCCUGCCCAGGACCAUGUGUAUGGAUGCUGCUUGGGAGAAGCGGGCACUUGCUCCUGGCACUGAUCCCAGCUGAGUUUCUCCUGUUGAUUUCUGGGCCACUGAUGCAGUUGCUGAGGAGGUAUUUCCUGGCAUCCCUCCCCCUGAGACACCGGCUAAGGACCAGCCUAAACGCAAGGCAGGACAGUGUCAGGAUGGACCGCGCUGCCAGAAGCCGACGCUAGCGAGGGAGGUGUGAAGAGUUGGCCAGAAUGACCAACUCCUCCUCCACAUCCACCUCCUCCACCACCGGUGGCUCGCUGCUGCUGCUCUGCGAGGAAGAGGAGUCGUGGGCGGGCCGGCGCAUCCCGGUGUCACUCCUGUAUUCGGGCCUGGCCAUCGGGGGCACGCUGGCCAACGGCAUGGUCAUCUAUCUCGUGUCGUCCUUCCGAAAGCUGCAGACCACCAGCAACGCCUUCAUCGUGAACGGCUGCGCCGCCGACCUCAGCGUCUGCGCCCUCUGGAUGCCGCAGGAGGCGGUGCUCGGGCUCCUGCCCACCGGCUCUGCGGAGCCCCCCGCAGACUGGGACGGCGCUGGGGGCAGCUACCGCCUGCUACGGGGUGGGCUGCUGGGCCUCGGACUCACGGUGUCCCUCCUCUCCCACUGCCUCGUGGCCCUGAACCGCUACCUGCUCAUCACCCGGGCGCCCGCCACCUACCAGGCGCUGUACCAGAGGCGCCACACGGCGGGCAUGCUGGCGCUGUCCUGGGCGCUCGCCCUGGGCCUCGUGCUGCUGCUCCCGCCCUGGGCACCGCGGCCCGGCGCCACGCCACCGCGAGUCCACUACCCGGCGCUGCUGGCCGCCGCGGCGCUGCUGGCGCAGACAGCUCUGCUGCUGCACUGCUACCUGGGCAUCGUGCGCCGCGUGCGUGUCAGCGUCAAGCGGGUCAGCGUGCUCAACUUCCACCUGCUGCACCAGUUGCCCGGCUGCGCCGCCGCCGCCGCAGCCUUCCCGGGCGCCCAGCACGCGCCGGGCCCCGGUGGCGCCGCGCACCCGGCGCAGGCCCAGCCCCUGCCGCCCGCGCUGCACCCGCGGCGGGCACAGCGGCGUCUCAGCGGCCUGUCGGUGCUGCUGCUCUGCUGCGUCUUCCUGCUCGCCACGCAGCCACUGGUGUGGGUGAGCCUGGCCAGCGGCUUCUCGCUGCCGGUGCCCUGGGGAGUGCAGGCGGCCAGCUGGCUCCUGUGCUGCGCCCUGUCCGCGCUCAAUCCGCUGCUCUACACGUGGAGGAACGAGGAGUUCCGCCGCUCCGUGCGCUCAGUCCUGCCGGGCGUCGGCGACGCGGCGGCCGCUGCUGUUGCCGCCACAGCCGUGCCCGCAGUGUCCCAGGCGCAACUGGGCACCCGCGCCGCGGGCCAGCACUGGUAACCUAGCCGGGGCCCGAGGGAAGCGGAGAUCCCCGGCUUCCGACGUCCUUGGUCACCGUCGCCUCCUUCCCUCCUAAGGCAUCCCCUGCCUGAACGAAGACUUCCGCCGCGAAGCCCGAUAAAUCGGGGGAAAAUGGGGCCUUAGACCCCAGCGGGCUACCUGAACCAAGGCGUCUCUCUAAGUGGGGCGCCCGAAGUCAUUUUGGACGGCCACCUGAUUUUUACCCUUUGUUUCUGUGUUUUAGAGAAAUCCUAAAGUCAAAACACCAGAGACUUGAAGAACUUGCAAACUGGCGUUUUAAAAUAACCGGUUAAUUUAUUUCGACACAGUUUGUUUUUGAAAAAGAGCUUUCAUAAUGUAUAACCCUUUCCACUUUCAUCGUCUUAUAUAUGAAGCGCCUUGAGUGUGCAUGAACCAAAGGAAAUAACAUUGAAGAAGGAAAACAAUAUGUAGAAAGUAUUUUAGAAAGUAACCUGUCUUUGAUGAUGCUUCUCUUACCAUUUAGUUUUUGUAUAUUACCCUGGGGCAGUGAAGCCCUAGGUGUGCCCACCAGUAUGAGUUGCCAUUAAGACCUCAAGCCCUUUAUUCUUAAAAGGGUUUUUAAUAAAGUCUUUCUCAAAUGAGGUAGAAUCUUAGCCAGUGAGAAAAAAAAAUUAUUUUAUGCUCCUUUUUUUUGCACUCUUAAGACUGAAAAUUGGCGUUGAGUGUUAAAGUGAAAAUUUUCCAGUUUGAUAAUUGAUGGUCAGAGCCAGCACUGGAAUUUUGAAAACAAAUAAGGUGAUUAUCUAUUUUAGGUACCGUUUCACAUUUUCUAUAGCAUGCACACUUGUUGCUACCCUCAUUUUGUAACCAAUUUAUUUGCCUUAUGAAUGUGAUUGCAGCUUUGAACAUUCUGUACUAUAAUGGUUGCUAAGAAGAAUAAGUCCUUCUGUUUUCUCUUUAACAUUUAAAAUAUCUCAAUGCACAUGAUAUAAUUAAACACUAAUAAUACCAUGACUGCAUAGCUAAUAUUAGCUGCUAUUGCAUGCUCCUAGAUGCUAGAACUUAUUGGGCAUGUGGUAUACUAAAGCAAUACCCGUUAGACAAGGAUAUUUUACUUCUUCCAGACACCAGAAGAAAUGGCCUUCAAUUAUUUGAAAAGAGACACAGAGACACCUCUGGCUACCUAGAGUUCUUCCUGUCUUGACCCAAUUUAUGAGAAAGCUCCCAGUUGGGACUUUAUCUCACAAGUGGAAUCACAGUCAAGAUGGAUCAAUAAUAUGGUUUGGCUCAGCAAAGCCAGCUGUGCUCUUUUAGGGUUUAAACAAGCCACACGUUAGAAAGCAACACUGUUUUUAUGUAGUUCAUAUAUAUUACAUGACAUUUAACAUUAAUAUUGUAUGUAUUGAAGGAGGUAUAAUAAACUCAGUCAUAUAUAGUGAACAGUUCAAAUGGGAAAGUGUUCUAAAACAUAUUAUUUGAGAUUUGUCAUAUUCAUCUUUGGUUUACUAAAUUUACUUAGAAAUAUUUGAAAUGCAAAAUUGUGUGAAAUCACCUUAUUAAAUUAAAAUGGGAAGAAAGUAAUUUUAAUAAUUUUUAAUAAUCAUAUGUCAGCAUUCUGACUACUUACCACAUCAAAUCUGGGCCCAAACAGCCUCAGUUAACUGCAUAAUUCAGGAACAAAACCAGCUUGCUUUGUUGCACGCCUGGGCAAUUUCAGCCAGGACAUUAGGACCACUUGUUGUACAUUUGAAUAAUUAUGGAAGUUGGGACAUGUUAAGGAAAACAAAUAUGUUCAUCACCAACAAUCAGCUGUCAUUUUAUUAAUCUAUCCCUUUUGUGCAUGCACCAUUUCUCUCUUACUAACAGUUUCAUCUGUUCACAUUUUCCUUGAUUCAAAUAUUAAAGUUCAGACAACUAUUCUGAGUUUUUUUUCUUCUGUCUCUGGUUUGCUUGCAUACCUCCUUGAGAACGUUGUAACAGAGGAUAUGGUAUUCCAAAGCACUAGUGAUGAAAGUAACUUCUUCUUGCUGGCUUUAUCUAAUUUUAGUUUGUACAAUUAUUUCUACUUUAUAUAAUUAAAUAAGGCCCACAUACCAGCAUCAGACAGAAAUAGGUAAAAUUUCCUUUCUGUAAGUGUUGGGGAAUAGGUUACAAUAACAGAGAGCUGAGAAUUUUCCUUUUGGGGUGGGGCUGGAGGGGGGAUGCUUUUCUAAGUCUCUUUGUCAAAAAGGUCUUCUGUUAAUUAGAACUUUAUCUCUGUUUCUCACUGUAAAUGGCUGUGAAUGACUUCCCCCCGCUAUUCCUAUAAACAUCUGCCACGCAUAUGAAGUCAGCUUUCCAAGUGGUAUCUUGGUAUCUUGCAAUGUUUCUGGCUAGCACUGAGAAUCAUCUUAUACUGGCUCCAUGCCAAUGGGAGACCUACUUUAGCUUAAUUUACUGGUAAUUAACUCCACAGGACUGAUUCACUUUUAAUUUCAAGGUAGUAAUGAUGCGUCUAAAAAUGGCUUACCAGGGCACUAGCUGUGAGUGUUGGAGUUGUUGGAUUUACAGAUUAACAGAGAUCAUGUUUUUAUUUAAAUGAAACCACGUAUUAUCCACUCAGGAAUAAAACAAAUCCUAAUUGCUGUCGUGGGCUUCCCUAUUUUGCCUUUUCUACUUUUUUCUCCCUUUAGAUAUAUGCCUGUUAAGACAUAUAGCACCUGCCUUUCUUCCCCUUGCAUUUUAAAUAGCUAAAUUCUAGGAUGUAAUAGGUAUUACCCCUAGCACUUCCCUUCUUCCAAAUUGUAGUAUGUGAAUAAACAAGAAUUGUUUUUCAC